AUACUAAAUCAUGACCUUCAGAUUUCGUAGUAGCUUAAUAUUAUACAACACUACAAAAAAUGGGAUCUAGUAACAGCACACUUGCUAAUGUGUCCAAGGAUGAGCCACUACAAAGAUUUGUAGGGACUGAUGGAAUACCACCUAACAGUGAAUAUUGGAUGGAAUUUUUGUCUUCGGUUGGCUCAACAACAAAAAGCAGCUCUCUCAUAGAUUUUGAAAAAGCAAAUAAACGUUUGCUAAAGGAUUUGAAGAAAAACAACCUUCACUCUCGUAACAUUCCCAACCUCACGCAAUUUCUUAUAUUAAAGAUGUCAGAAUUAAUAGCCUCACCAGACAUAUGCGAAGAUACAGUAUUAAUUGCUCAAAAUGGACUACUUAUUCUACGUUUGUCGGUGAAGUACUUGAUGGAGCACUGCUCUGAAGCUAGAUUUUUCUCUCACUUCUCUGUUAAUUCUCCUGAAGGUCCCCAUUGUUUGUCUGUAAUUGAAUGUUUGUUCCCUGUACUGUUCAGGCUCAUAACUAAUCUGCCUAUCCAAGACAAUACUUACUUGUUGCAUUGCGAAGCUCAUUUGUUGUGUAUAGUGUUACUCUCUAGACAAAUGUAUAAAGAACUAUCGGCUCCUCUACCACAAGUCUACGUUUCUGUUGUCUGGGGAAAAUGUGCAUCUCUUGCUCCUGCUUUAGUUUACCGAUUAUUGUCUAACUUUUCUGAAAAUCGUCCUGUCCCAACACUUUUACAUGGCAUUGAACAAUACAGUUUAAUAUGGCGUGCGGCGUCGUCUAUUGCAGGUAGUUUAGUUACAAUCGUCACACUUGGUGGUUACUUCAGUCGCACUGCCAAUAGUUCAACAAAAUCAGAUAUACAGAACAGUCCGCAUGUUGCAGUUGUUGAACCAGUAAAAAAUAAUGUUUCCACAGAUCUUUUAACAUCAGAAUCAACUAUAAAAUCAAACGAACAGUGUCAUCUAUUGUCAAAUGUCAGCUCACUACUUUUAUUGAUACUUACUACUCAGGCUGGAUCUAUUGAGAAGACUAUAUCAACUUAUUCAGAAAAUAAUAUUAAAGAUUCAAAUUCUCUAGGACGAAAUCCAUAUCGAACAACACUUUUUUCUUUACAAGAUGAAGUUACUCAAAAAAACCAAGUUGAUUCAAUAAUGGAUACAACUCACGUGCUGCCAAAGUCAACCCCUCGAUUACAGCCAGGUGGUGCUACAUUAAAUGGACAUUUAAACAUAGUUACUCAAUCAUCAUCACCACAAAUAAAUUUCACUGCAAUCUGUGAUACAGCAGCCUCGACAUUGUCUCAGGACAGUAGCCCACUGUUAUUGUACCUUUUAGUUCAUCGAAAUACAAACUUUCAUUCGUUCAUUAUGCAAGAGCGGGGUUAUGAGAAAGUGCUUCCACCACUAUUAAAUAUUCUUUAUAAAUCCCAGUCACAUAACUCGCAUCUUGUCUACAUGGCAUUAAUUCUUUUGUUGAUAUUUACGGAAAAUGAACAAUUUGGACGCGAUAUUCACACAUCAGAUAUUAAAUGGGUUCAGUGGUCAUCAAGUCGUCGACUUUCGAAUGUUUCAUAUGGAAGUUUAACUGUAUUAGUUCUUUGUCGUACCAUUCAAUACCAUUUGAACCAACUGAAGGACAAAUACCUUCAUGUUAAUAUUUUGGCAACUCUAGCAAACUUAUCCCCCCGAAUUACUAAACUUCAUCCUCAUGCAUGUGAUACACUAGUUGGUUUACUGCAAUUGUUGAUCAAGCGUCAUAAUAAAACUGUGGACAUUUUACGUAAAAUGUCUGAUGACAACCAAUCACAAUCGGCUGCCGAAAUCACUAAACUUCUAUCAAAUACAUCACUUAUAUCAUCUAAUACACAGGAAGAAAUGGUUCAAGAGUUAGCCUUACUUGAAGAAGUAAUUCGAAUGCUGUUAGAAAUUAUUAAUUCAAUUCUUACACAUACGAUGGUGUCGAAUCCAGAUUUAAUUUAUUCUCUUUUGUAUAAAAGGGAUUCAUUUACAUCACUUCGUUCACAUCCAUCGUUUCAGAAUGUGCUUCAAAACAUUGAUAUUGUUUUAACUCAUUUUUCAAAGAAAAUUGAAUUAGAAUUAGGACCUCAACCAACUCAACCACAAGCUGUUAUGCAAGUGAUUAUAAAACAUGUUGGUAAUACGCAAAGAAGUUGUAAUCUGAAAGUAAUUUAACAAAUAUUAUCGAUUAUUCUGUUAAAAUUUCUAAUUUUUCUCAAUUUUUAAUCUUUGUCAACUUUAAAUAAUAACAAAAUUAAUUACAGGAAGUACAAACUAGAAACAGAUGGUUAACAAUAAACGAAAUUCUGGACUUUUAUACAAUUCACUGUUACCAAUGAAAAUUGCUUUUUCUGAUCACAACUAGUAGUUGCCUACGUAAUUCAUUACGUAUCUGUUGUAAAUCUGUCUUAACUAUACAACUAUCUCAUUCUUAAGAACUUUCGUAUAAAUUUAAAUGAUUAGUUUCACAAUAUUUAGGCGCUUAGUUGACGUAAAACAAUGAGGAUAAAGAACAUAUUUGUAAAAUGUCAGCUCAAACUACAGUUGAGCGUCGAUGUUGUGUUUAUUUAAUAAGAAAAUCGUUAUAAGAUAGAAAAUAGUAUUAACGGUGACUUGUUUAUGGAUUCUAUUCACAGUAUUUAAAGCGAAUUUCUCGUAUGAACUAUAUAUUUGCGUGUUAGCAUUCAGUACUUGUAGUAUGUGUCCAGAAUUGUUGUGGAUGCGAAAGGAUAGACCAAUAAUUAUCAUGUUAAGUCCAAUGGUGUCCUUGGACUUUAAAUGGACAUUUCCUACUGGUCGAUAUAUGUCCACUUGUUGAAUAUUGUACAAAAUGUUGUUUUCUAUUUUUAUGGUACGAUGUGGUAUGUUUGGUUAGUAUAUAAAUAGAGUAUGUCUGAAAUACAAUGAUUCAUAACUCAGAGGCUGAGAUUUGUGUUCUGGACUCAACUGGCUGGGAUAGACAGGGAAUCGGGACCAAUCGUAACUCUAGGUCGUCCAUUACGUCCGUACGUGUUCACGUGUCAUUGAAGCGGUCGAUAAGUACGCUGUUCUCUAGUUUUUCUGUCAAGGACACAACAAUUAGCACAGGGUAGAAAUCAACCACAACUUAAAGUCCCAACAAGAAUAAAAUCUCGUGUUUCAGAAAUAGACUGUCGAUUAUAUUCGUUUUUUGGUUCGGUGAAACUUUACAUCCUUUCAUCCACCCAGAUCCCUUAAUAAAUGUAUACAGAGCAAGAAUAAAAAGGUUUAAAAAAUAAAAUGAAUUCACUCUCUUUCACGGUUUUUCAUCAGUUGCAUACAACCUAAAACUACGAUUAUUAAUAUAAUUAAUAGAAUAAUUUAGUGUGUGAAAUUUAAGUAAAUGUUCGGUAUGUUACUAAAAUCAUUUGACCCAAAGUGUAUGAUGAUGAAAUUAGUGUCUAGAUAAUUAAACAACACGAUAAAAUAAACAAGUAUGUGAAUAUCAAUAAGGUUGUGUAAUAGAUGGAUUUCAGAAGUCGAAGGAAUAAUAAAGAUAAAAAGCUUGUGGACAGGGUUGAAAAAACGAACUUCAUACAAGUUAUAAGAUAAGUAUCCAAUCAUAAUGGCAGGGAAAGGUUAAUCACCUUUUCCUGUUGUAUAUAUAGAUCAGGUCGAAAACGUUUGAAAGCGAUUGCCUAAGCCAAACGGAAUAAAAUCGCUGUUUUCUAUUCGUUUAUUAUAUUAGAUCCAUUACCCACAUUCACGUCAUGUCCACUAUAUCCAUUAGGUGUCUGGCUAUUUCACUUGUAAAGAUUUUACUCCCUUUCAGCCGUAGGUUCCUGGGAAUGUGUUCAGAAAACCUAGUAGAAGCCCUUCUCUCUGCCCUUCUUAUAUACUUGCUACGGCAGGUACAUUUGACUUCAUAAAUGUAAUUGGAUAUGACAUCGGGAGGAUAUAGAUGUAUUUUUGAAUGGUGUAAAAAACGCCUGGUAUUGUGUAGUGAAACUAAUUAGGUAACUUCUUUUCAGUGCCGCCGCAUCUUUUAUCCCCAGUAUAUAAGUGAGAAUUGGAAUUGGUUUCGCUUGAUAAUUAGUGAUUCAUGUGCCAUAAAAACUUGGUUAUAUUAGUUUUUGUCCACUAACUACUCACAUCAUAGACUUAUAUUGACAUAUAAAGAAAAGUGUAAGUCACCCUCAUAAAGUAACGUCAAUUAGUUUCAUGUUUUUCUCCCCUAGCUUACACAUGUUCUUUGUAUUCUACUUUUUGUACCCCAGAAAUUCCCAGAUCUGAAAUUUAAAUAUGUAGAAGAAGAAUCCCCAGAUGAAUUUUUCAUACCAUACGUUUGGUCUGUUGUACGACGCCAGUCAGGCAUACAUUUUAAGUCUGAAUCGCUAUUGUUAUUCUCGCCUGCUCCUCAAGACAUUCAAAAUACAACUGAAAACGACGACAUUAGUGAAGACAAUGAUAGUGUAAUGAAUAAUGGCGAAUCAAAUCAUGAGCAAGUACUGGUUUAACCAUGUCAAACAAUUUUUUUGAACAACCCUCGUUCUAUGAGUGCUUGCUGCUAAUUCUGUUGUUAAAUGUGUUCAGUGUCAUGUAUUUGACGAUAAUGAACUUUUAUGAAAUUUCCUCUUUCAGCUGUCUGUGAUCAAUAUCAUGGUUUGGUUUGAAUUUAGUUCUUUUUUUCUUUUCUUCACUUUCAAUUUUGUUUCUAGUUACACUUAUUGUCUUUUUUUUUUUACAAAUUUUUCAUAUUUUAUUAAAAUAGAAAGUUUUUCCAU